CGGGGUAUCACACGUUACGUAGACCGUAACCGGAAGACACACCUCACGUUGCUGGUGGAUGCACGUUAGCAUCGCUAGCAGUAGCGGUUGGCUCCGCCGCCUCGGUCCCGUUUAGACGUUUGACGACAUUGACAACACGACACGUCGCUCCAAGCCGCGUGUGCUAGCGGCUAGCUGUUAGCGCUGCUAGCACACGCAGGUCAAGCUGCAGCUUACCGCUGUACAGUGGAGCUCUAAGGCCUGACAGGUUACCACUUCCUGUCCCUGUCUGCCCGUCCAGGGGAGCAUGGCGUCGGGGGGGCGGCGCUACCUGAGGGCAUUCGUGGGCGGCUUCUUUGUGGCGGUCCCCGUCACCGUCACCGCGUUGGACCGGGUGGCCUACGUGGCGCGAGUGGAGGGAGCGUCCAUGCAGCCCUUCCUGAACCCCGAGGGGGGGUCCGACUGCGACGUGGUGCUGCUGAACCGCUGGAGCGUGAGGAACUACGAGGUGCGACGCGGCGACAUCGUGUCCGUCAUGUCCCCCAAGAACCCCCAGCAGAAGAUCAUCAAGCGGGUCAUCGGCCUGGAGGGCGACUUCAUCCGGACUCUGAGCUACAAGAACCGGUACGUCCGGGUUCCUGAUGGUCACUUCUGGAUCGAGGGGGAUCACCACGGACACAGUCUGGACAGCAACAGCUUCGGACCGGUGUCCAUGGGGCUGCUGCACGGCCGGGCCUCUCACAUCAUCUGGCCGCCGAAUCGCUGGCAGCGAAUCGAAGCGUCUCUGCCAGCGGACCGAGGGCCGCUGGACACGGAGGAAGACGAGGGAUGAAGGCGUCGUCCUCAUAGCAUCACAGUGUUUUUAAUAACUGGAAGCUGAGCUUUGAGUCCAUUCCAAACUUCAGCUUGUAAAGCUCAGGAGUCACCGGACCGUUAAAGUUCUGUUAUUCAAACUGUUGGGACUGAAAAUGGAUUUCUUUGUUUUUGAAUUUGCCACCUAGUUGUUAACAAAGACCUCUUCUCCUCCUGCCCCUUUGGAGCCCUUUUGGAUCCCCGGAAACAUUCGUGAAAUAUUCCGAAAAGAGAAGCCGGGGGGGGGGGGGGUG